AUGGAUCGCUGUUGGCUGUAUGCGCGAUCGAUACUUGGAUGGACAACAUGCCGGUCGACAAAAGAAUGUCCACUUUAUUUGCAAGGAGUUUAUGACUCAUCCAGUCAGCAUGGACUACUAGAUCAACAUGGACAUGAUGAUGAGAAAAGGAUCAAAGCUGCCUUUUGCCCUUUGCGUUGGUGUGAUUUAGGGCGCAUUCUGCAUACCAUGGCAGUGGUGGCUAUGUUGACAGGACAGUUGCAUUCCGUGAAGGCAUCAAUCAAAGCAUACUACAGUCUGCAGACGGAUCUAUCCCGUUGGAAAUAUCCACAAGCAGAUGUUUCAGCGAAAGCCAAAGAGAGAAAAUGCUUUCUGACAUUGAUCGAUCGAUGUUGUUGGUGCUGGGAGAAAAUUCAACAUGCCUCUUGGGUCCAAAAACAGAAUCAAGGAUUACAACACGCUAAAUUAGUUUGGUCAUCGUUCUCAUCUCAACAGGCUAUCAGAGGCGUGCCUGUACAGCCGUGGUCCACAUUGGCAAAUGUCCUGACCGAAAGGCACCUGAAAGAACUUCCAACUACAACUACGGCCUAUUAG